UUAUCAGAUUGCGUGAAUACUAAUACAGGAAUGUUUGAACUUUAAUUUUAUAAAUCAUGUUUAAUUCAGUUGACAUUGAUGAUAGAUAUUGUACACUUGAGCUUUUUUUCAUUUAAAAUUUCUCUCUGAAACAUUGACUCAGAACUAAAGGAAACAGGUAUAAUUAAUUAUUCAGAUUAUACCUAUUUUGAAACUAUCGUGUUAAUUUUUUUUUCAUUAGGCACAAGCAGCAGCUCGACAAAACUUGGACCAGUUAAGAGAAAAUGACCAUGCUUCAAUGAGAAAUCAAAUGGAACUUAGAAUUAAAGAUCUGGAAUCUCAGGUCUCUACAAUGAAGACUUCUCAAGAUUCUACUAAAACAGAGUUGGAAACCUACAGGCAACUCUACCUAGAAGAAUUAAAACUUAUAAAGUCCUUGAGAAAUAUGCUGAACAGGACUAAUGAGAGACUGUCAGAGAGCAAUACAAAACUUCUUGUGGAGAGACAGCAGCACCAAACUUUACUCAGGACCCUUACUAUGAGUCCAGGCCUGGAACCACCUAAUUGUGGAGAUUUUGAAAAUAAUUUAGUGCUCAAUGGAAACCUUACUCCAAGAGGAAACUUAGUGAUUCCUACCUUAAACCCACUGCCAUCAUAUGACGACAGGGAGACUUCCUUGUGGGAGAUGCAGCGGGAGUUGGAGGAAAGAAUAACCAGAGCACUAGAAGAAGGUGCUACCGAAUUUGAAUGAGGAUCCUGUAGAACGCCUUUAGUAUCUACUGAUGAUUCAAUUCUAAAUCAAGAUCCAGUAUGGAAAGUGUCACGAGAAUAUGUACAGAUUUUGAACAAAAAUUAUAUGAUUUGAAAAAUAAAUAGAAAAAAUUUACUGGAUGCUUACCAAACAUUU